GCAUGCCCCCAAGGUCUUGGCAGUGCAGUCUCUCCAUUCCCCCAGUGCCUGGUUUGCCCUGGGAACUCAUGAGUAUCUGACUCAUGUCCACUGCCUGUGCACCAGAGGUGCCUGCCUGUGCACCAGAGGCUGGUGGGCAGUCAGAAGCACCAUGGGCACAUCGAAAUCUCAGAGGCUCCAAUUACUAGCCCCACUCCCCUGCUGACCUAUGCCUUCUGCCCCAUGCCACCCACUUCUUCUGCUGCUCCAUCCCAUUCCCUCUGCCUCCAUCCCACCCUCUCUCUGCUGCCCCAUAGAAUCAUAGAAUACCAGUGUUGGAAGGGACUUCAGAAGGUCAUCUAAUCCAACCCCCUGCUCAAAGCAGGACCAAUCCCCAACUAAAUCAUCCCAGACAGGGCUUUGUCAAGCCUGACUUUAAAAACCUCUAAGGAAGGAGAUUCCACCACCUCCCUAGGUAACCCAUUCCAGUGCUUCACCACCCUCCUAGUGAAAUAAUGUUUCCUAAUAUCCAACUUAAACCUCCCCCACUGCAACUUGAGACCAUUAUUACUCAUUCUGUCAUCUGCUACCACUGAGAAAAGACUAGAUCCAUCCUCUUUGGAACCCCCUUUCAGGUAGUUGAAAGCAGCUAUCAAAUCCCCCGCUCAUUCUUCUCUUCUUCAGACUAAACAAUCCCAGUUCCCUCAGCCUCUCCUCAUAGGUCCUGUGCUCCAGCCCCCUAAUUAUUUUUGUUGCCCUCCACUGGACUCUUUCCAAUUUUUCCACAUCCUUCUUGUAGUGUGGGGCCCAAAACUGGACACAGUACUCCAGAUGAGGUCUCACCAAUGUCGAAUAGAGGGGAAUGAUCACGUCCCUCAAUCUGCUGGCAAUGCCCCUAUUUAUACAGCCCAAAAUGUCGUUAGCCUUCUUGGCACCAAGGGCACACUGUCAACUCAUAUCCAGCUUCUCAUCCACUGUAACCCCUAGGUCCUUUUCUGCAGAACUGCUGCCUAGCCACUCAGUCCCUAGUCUGUAGCAGUGCAUGGGAUUCUUCCGUCCUAAGCACAGGACUCUGUACUUGUCCUUGUUGAACCUCAUCAGAUUUAUUUUGGCCCAAUCUUCUAAUUUGUCUAGGUCCCUCUGUAUCCUAUCCCUACCCUCCAGUGUAUCUACCACUCCAUCCCAUCUCCAAUGCCCUCUUCCACCCUCUCUGUGCUGCCCAAUCCCAUCCCCAUCCCCUGCUGUCUCCAUUCCCAUGGGAAGUGGUGGCUCUGGUGCCAAGGUGCCAUUUCCAAGCCAGACUAUGUGUCACUGUCAUGGCACAGUCCCAUGCCACCUUUCUCUUGCUCUGCAGAUGGAGGAGAUGACACCACCACCCGCACCUGAGGCACCGUCCCCGCUGAAGUCCUACAAAUGGCGGAUAGGCCCCCAGGGUGGGGAGAGGGAGCCCGAGCGGCACCCCAUGCCCCCUGCCAGCAGCCGCUGGGCCAAACUGCACAACUGGAGGCGUGCUCAUAGCCAGCCUGAGACUGAUGCCCCCGAGGUGCGCAUGGCCAGGAGCAGCCCAGGCACCGAGCCCCCAGAGCCUGUGGGGAGCAAAGCAGCAGCCCGGAGGUCUGUGUUCCAGAGGGCGUUUUCUGCCCCGGACAAGGUGCCCAAGGAGCCCAAGGGCCAAGAGGGCAUUAAGCUGAACCUGCGAAAAUACCUGCUUUCCAAGUCCCACCGCAGGAGCCAGGAGAGUGGGCCCAAGGCAGAGCAGGCACCUCAACAGGCAGCUAAAGAUGGCGUGCGCCCCGUGCAGCAGAUUCCGCUGGCUCCGUCCCCCGACGUCCCUGUCUGGGAUGUCUCGAACUUCUCCCUGGUGGAUGGACAGCUGGUGCUGAUGGCCAGGGAUGAGGAGGUUUUGUACAAGAGCCGGAACAGAACUGGCAGCUCCAUUUCGGAGACCAACGCUCAUCCAUCCCUGAGCAGCAGGAGGGACACCGAUCUCUCCUCUGAGGGGAAGAGCUCACCCAGCCCUCGGGCCCCAGGAAGAGGCACUGAGAGCGACGUGUCAACCGGCUCCCAGUUCAGUAACGUGAAGGGGCUGAUAUGGAAGAGGUUAAGAGAACGCAAAGGCCGGACUGCAUCCAAGCCCGAUUCCCAAACAGCGCCCCUUACGGACGGCGACAGGCUGCCAAGCCGGCAUGGCUCCCGUGAGUCCCUGCUGCCUGCACCAAGUGCAGCUGAGCUGGAUCUGAGUGGUGAGGACGUAGUGAUCCGCCCGCUGCACAGCAGCAUCCUUGGCGAGAAGUUCUGCUUCCAGAUAAUCAACGCUGAGGGGAGCCGCUGUUUUGGCUGCACAUCAGUGGCUGAGCGGGACCGGUGGAUUGAGAACUUACGCAGAACCGUGCAGCCCAACAAGGACAACUGCGAGCGUGUGGAGAACAGCCUGAGUCUCUGGGUGUACGAGGCCCGAGACCUGCCCCCCAAGAAGCGCUACUUCUGCCAGGUGCACCUGGAUGGCGCCCUGUACGCCCGCACUACAGCCAAAUCAGCGGGUGCGGAUGGGGCACUCUUUUGGGGCGAGCUCUUCGAGCUGGCCACACUGCCAGCAGUGCGGGAGCUGCACAUCAGCGUGCUGCGGGAGGAGGAGGGGCGGCGGCGGGAGACCAGCCCCCUGGGCACCGUGAUCAUCCAACUGAGGGAGCUGGCUGCCUCGCGCCAGCCCUUGGAGAAAUGGUACCCUCUGUGUGGAGCUGCCCCCAAUCGGGCACCUUCUCUGCGGCUGCGCGGACGCUACCAGGAGAUCCAGGUGCUGCCCAUUGUGAGCUACAAGGAGUUCGCCGAGUACAUCACCUUCCACUACCGAGAGCUGUGUGCCAGGCUGGAGCCGGCUAUUGCUGUGCGCCACAAAGAAGAACUUGCCAGUGCCCUGGUGCAUGUGCUGCAGAGCACAGGCAAAGCUAAGGCAUUUCUCAUCGACCUGGGGGUGGCAGAGUUGGACCGCUUCGACGACAGAGAGGCACUGAUCUUCCGCGAGAACACACUGGCAACCAAGGCCAUUGACGAAUACAUGAAGCUGGUCGGGGGGCAGUACCUGUUGGACACACUGGGGGAGGCUAUUGCCCAGUUGUAUGAGUCAGAGGAUAGCUGUGAAGUUGACCCCAGCAAGUGUGCAGCCAAUGACCUGUCUGACAACCAGAACAAUCUGCGGCAGGCGUGUGAGGAGGUCUUCCAGAGAAUCACCAACUCCUGCGACGCCUUUCCAGUGGAGCUCAGCGAAAUCUUUGCAGCGUGGCAGGGGGAUUGUCUGGAACGGAAAAAGGAGAACAUUGGGCAGCGGCUCAUCUCGGCCUCGCUCUUCCUGCGCUUCCUAUGCCCAGCCAUCAUGUCCCCCAGCCUGUUUGGCCUCACCCAGGAGUACCCAGAUGAUGCCACCUCCCGCACCCUCACCCUGGUGGCAAAAGUCAUCCAGAACCUGGCCAAUUUUGCUACGUUUGGUGAGAAGGAGGCGUACAUGGGGUUCAUGAACGAAUUCCUGGAGCACAACUGGAGCCGCAUGAAGUCGUUCCUGCAGAGUGUGGCCAACCCUGACAGCAGUGCCCACCUGGUGGCUUAUGAUGGCUAUGUGGACCUGGCACUGGAGCUCUCCACCCUGCACGCACUGCUCUGCGACAUAUUCACUGGCCUGGACCAGCGAACAAGGGAGCAGUUAGAGCCCCUGCCGACCAUCCUCUAUGCCAUCAAAGAGGGGACGCCAGUGCCUGUCUCCAUCAAACUUGGCCCCGGCAUGGACAGCCCUGGUGAGAAGCCAGGAUUCCUGCCCCCGAGAGAGCUGAGCAAGUACAGCCCCCUGAUCAAGAGUCACUCCAUGACCAACAUCCAGAAGGGCCGGGGGAAGGAGGAUGAGCAGCAUCUCCAGCAACUGCCUGCCUCCCCACGCCAGGCCUGGGAAAGGAGGAAGGUGCAGCGCACCCAGAGUGUGCCAGCCCAGAGCAAGGCAGGACGCAGACUGCAGAAGCAGAGCAGCAUGGAGCACGUGGUUGAGUCCCAGGGAGAAGAGAGUCACGAUGGGAGCCCUCGCCCCUCUACCUUCCGCCCACGGGAUGGUCGAGCCCACCCGGGGCGAUCCAAUCUCCGCCAGUCUGCCUCGCUGCCCCGGAAAUCCACGGUUCCCUGGCAGCGCCACGCUGAGGAAGCAGCCAAGGCACAGACUGAGCUGUACGCCAUGCGGCCGCUGGAGAAGCAUGGGAAGCAAAUUGAAGAGCUGAGGAAGGAGUUGGCAGAGUCCAGGGAGAAGCAGAGGCUCUUUGAGAGCCAGCUGGAAAUGCUGGUCACCCAGAACCAGACACUGCUGGAGGAGCAGGCCAAAAGCCAGGGGCAGGAGGAGAGACUCCGGAGGCAGCUGGAGAAGCUGGAAACCCACCUGGCAAACCUCAGCACCAGGGUGGCGGCAGCAGAAGGCAGCCGGAGGAAGGACCAGGAGAAGCUGAAGGCCAGCGAGGAGAGGACGAAGCGUCUGGAGCGCCGCCUGUCGGCCCUGGAGCGGGAACACGCCGAGCUGCUCUGUGCCAUCAGUCAGCGGCAGGGAUUCCAGGACAAGCCACCCAACUCGCUGCUGAUGCCAGCGCCACAGGACGGGGCCGAGGACUGGCAGGAGGUUUAGCCAGCUUGGUGGGCCCAGACGGCCAGCCCCUGGGCCCUGCGUGGGACGCACCCCACCCCAGCAGCUGCCACCCGCUUUGGAUACCCUGCCAGCCAGACCUUGUCUCUAGAAAUUUGUCACAGACCCAAGCCCAGCAGCCCUUUCCUGGUAUGAGUCCAGCCUGGGAGGUCCUGAGUCUGCCAGGGAUGUUGUUCCAGAUAAUGGAGUCCCAGAGAGCUGCAGGCUGCUGCUGUGAAUCCCCUGCAGCUCUCCACUCCCCAGGAGUGGUGGAGAGCGAUCAGAUUUGUGAGAGGCCCAUUCAGCCCCUCUCUCAUCCCAACCGGGGUUCCCUUCCCUAUUCCUGCAUCCAAAGGGUCCCCAGGUGCUUCCUUCUGACCUCCUCCCACACACUCCCGAUGCCUUGCUGCCCCCUCCGUCAUACCCAUGCUGCCACCCCCAUAAUGGAUCAUUGCCCCAACAUGCCCAAGCUUCCUUGGGGCUCGGGCUGCUGCAUAGCACCAGUUGCCCAGGGCCACUGCCCAGUAACUGCCAACAGGCCCAGCCCUGGGCCAGGGGCUGACUAGAAGGGAUGCCCUCGGACCAGUAUUCAGGCCUCAUUUGGCUCUUGGGGGAUUCAGGGAUGAGCUGCCACAGUGAGCUUGUCUCUGGGUUCAUGCUUGGGCCAUGACUCCCUGCAGAGCCAGAAAUGCAGUGGCUGCUUUGUCAAAAACCUUCCUUGUCUCUGAGGGUCCCCUGCAGCCAGGCAGUAAACAUAGUGCCUUUUGUGACGAGCAUGUGGGUUGGAGCCUGGAGCACUCGCCACAUGGGACCAGACAGGCCAGGGCCCAAGGAUUCAGAGGGAAGCAUGGCAGGCACCAAGCUCCGAGAGUCUCUUGCCACAGGGCCAGGUUUUAGAAAAGCCCAGCUCCUACUGAGAAGCUCCCAGCCCUGCUGUUCAUGCACACACACAUACACACGUGCACAGGCACAUACAGGAACAACACACAUGCAUGUAUGCGCACACACAUGGCACAUGUGCACACACAUGUGCGCCUCACAUUGUUCUCAGUGGGUGCUGCUGGGGGCUGAGCACUUCUGCAAGUCUCUCCCUGCAUCCCAGAGCGCUCACACAGACGCCUUCCAAGGCUUGCAGGGCUGAGGCCCCGUCACAGCUGGCACUCAGCAUGUGUGCAGUGCACACCUGGGAGGGCAUAUCAGGGCUGGCUGUCACCUGCAAAGGUUUAUCAUUUGCUGAAUUC